UCCAGCAGCAGCCACCGCCUCGUAGUCUUUGCCGCGACGCAGCAGCCGACAGAGUCGUCGUCCCUCCAGCCCCCGCCCCGCCCCGCCGCGACACUCUCCACGACGACGACCGCAGGACGACGCUGACCACCACGACGACGCCUCGCCCCGCCCCGCCAGCAAGAGCGCCCAGCCCCUCGGCUGUGACAUGCUCCUCAGGAGCCUCGCCGCCGCGGCCGUCGUGCUGGUGCUGAGCUUCUCGUCGCCGCGGAGCGCGCUCGCCCGCUCCCUCGACGCCAGCGCAGGAUGCUCGCUGUCCGUGGAGGGCGGCUUCACCGGCCGCAGCACGGCGCUGCUGGUGGACACGCGGAGCCGGCCGCCCUCCUGGCUGAUGCCGACCCGCAUUAACCGCAGCAAGGUGCUGCUGCUGGACCGCGGCCAGACCUUCGUGGCGUCCUGCCCGGGCUCCAGGAACCAGGUGAUCGGGCUGCUGCACCAGCACGGCGAGCUCGAGUGCGACGGCGGCGCCCUCCGCGCCGUGGCGUCCAGCAUCCCGAAGGCCGUCAACAGCCGCGACCUGACGUGCAAGAAGCCCGCCCACGCCGAGCUCAGGCCGGGCAGCAAGUGCAGCGAGGGCGGGCGCUGGUUCAACGUGGGGUUCAACGUGUCCGGCGCGGGCUUCCUGCCGCUGUUCGGCGUGUGCCACAACGUGGACCUGGGCUCCACGUUGUACGCCGCCCACCGGCUGCACGGCGCCUCCAUCGACGCCGCCCAGGACGAGUCCAAGAGGCCGGCGUUCACGCAGGGACUCAGCGACCUGUUCGUCGGCUACAGUCCUGACGACGCCUACAAGAAGAGCCGGCAGCAGGCCACGCUGAUGCAGCUUCUGGGCGUGAAGCGCGCCAAGGAGGUCCUGGACGUGUCCACCCUCGUCCGCGGCCACCUCAGCCCCGACGGGGACUUCCUGUGGGCACCCCACCAGUGGGCUACUUACUUCUACGCUAACGUCGCCCCCCAGUUCUCCUCGAUCAAUGGCGGCCACUGGAAGGUGGUCGAGAACCUUGCGAGGAAGUUGGCAUCGCAGAUGCAGGCCGAGCUGAUGGUCUACACGGGCACACACGGUGUGCUAACACUUACGAACAGUGACGGCAAGAAGGUGGCCAUCUACUUGGAGCCCAACAAGCGCAAGAUCCCGGUCCCGGAGCACAUCUGGAAGGUCAUCUACCACCCCGCCAACAAGAGCGGGAUCGCCCUGGCCGUCGCCAACAACCCGACGCUGAGCGGGCGGGACCGGGGCGCGUCGCACCUCUGCGAGGACAAGUGCGCUGAGCACGGCUGGCCCAAGGACCUCCUCAAGGACGUCCGGAAGGGCCUGGUCGUCUGCUGCACCAUUCAGCAGCUCAAGCAGGCCGGGGUGCGCCUACCCGCCAGCAUCCGCGCCGAGAAGGUGCUGAGAGGGCCGACCCGAUGAGAAGCCCCCGAGCGCCGUGAUCCCCACCACGCCUUUGCGCCGCAGGUUCGAGUCGCGCCUUGGAGCUUUUACGUACGAUCGCUAUCACCUAGAGAAGUAAAGUGAAUGCCUUGAUGACUCGAACCACAAAAUCACACGUUCAUUGGAGCAAGAGAUCUAUCAUCAAUAUUCUCUUUCAAAUUGUUCCUUCAGGCAAUUUUCAGCAACCCCUUCGCAAGUCCACUUUUUUACUUAAAAUUUUUUGAAUUCUUAAUUGAACAAAAAGACACCAACAUCUGAAGAAUUCUUUCAUUACGAUGUGAGAUGAUAUGUUGCUUACUGAGAUAGUCACUGUGGUGUUAGCAGCCAGCUGUACAGAUUGUACUGUCUGUUGCUUUUGAUAACUUAAUUUUUCUGACUGAAUUCUGAUCUUUUAUGAGGAAAGCAACAUUGCUUUUCUGUUAUAAGUCCCAACUUUUAGCCCUCAAAUUUAUUAGGAUGCACUGAAUGCCAAUCCAGCAUUCUCAGAACUGAGAUUAGCUAUAAAUUUGAGCAAGGUAGAGACAUGGAAAAUAACAAGCAAUAUCACCUAUACAAUUCCAAUGUCACUGUGAGCAAACCUAGAUGAUCUGUUUUAAAGCCUGCAGUAUUUCUUAGUUUGCUCUUCCAUUAGGUUUAAAAAAUGUUUUCAAAGCAAACACUGUGGUAUGUUGCAAGUAGUUAUUUAUUUCAUGAGUACAACAAAGUGAACAGAACUGUCAUGAAAUCAGACUCAAAUUCAUAAAUUACUCUUGCUUGUAUGACUUCUACACUGCUUCCUAUUUGAAAUUUUUGAACAUAAUAGUCAACAGGAUUCAAUGUGCUAAUCAGCAAAAAUGGAUCCUCAAAAUUGUCUUAUGCCUAAAGGGCAUCAACAUCUGACCACAUAAAAUCAAACAAGAAAAUAAUUCCUGGUAACCAACUGAUACAGCACAACAUUUGUACUACUAAUGUGAUGUCAUGACACCUUCUGAUACCCCACAAAAAUCUAUUGCAUGUACGUAGAAAUCACAUUCAGAACUUAGGAAUGACAUUUCUCCUCUAUCAUGCAGAUAUUUAUUGUUGUUGUUUUUGUAAUACAUACAAUAAAUUUUAAUGUUA